GUGUCUCCGUUUUCGGUUUUGACGUAUGAAUCAUCCUUACCAAGAUGGCGACGCACCUGUUUCUCCGGCGGUGAUCCUUGUUGCUGUCUGCGCAACGUUAGAAAACAAAGCGGCAAUAACGGACUUGUAAUAAACUGGAGACGUGGUUAACCAGCUGGAGUGAACUCCGUCUUCCAAAAUGUCCACAGAGGAGCUGUCAGCCUCGGACAGCGAGGCUGCCCUCGCCGGCGCAGGGGUGCGAUGGGCGCCGGUGGGCGCCGUGGCCAGUCCCGAGGAGGAGAGCGGGAGCGGGAGCGCUGGCCGGCCGAAGCAGAGAGGCUCGUCCUCGGCCACUGAUGAGGAAAUGGCCGCCAGGCUGGAGAAGCUGGAAGAGGAGCAGGACUUGCUGAACUCCUCUCUCCUUGCCCUCACCUCCCACUUUGCCCAGGUUCAGUUCCGACUGAAGCAGAUAGUUCACGCCCAGACCGAGGAGAAGGAGAGGAUGCUGGCCGAGCUGGAGGAGUUCGCCUUCAGGGGCUGCCCGCAUGUCGUGGGCUGCCGAGCUCAGGAUGCCCACCAGCUGGAGAACUCGGGGGAUCUGAGUGAGAGGGAGAAGAGGGAGCGCCUGGAGGCCCAGAGGGAAAAACAGAAGGAUCUCAUUUUCCAACUGAAGACACAGCUGGAUGAUCUGGAGCGCUACGCCUAUCAGGAGGGCAGCUACGACUCGCUGCCGCAGUCUGUCGUCAUGGAGAGACAGAAGGUCAUCAUUGACGAGUUGAUCAAAAAGCUGGACGUGAACCUGAACGAGGACAUCGGGAACCUGUCACCCGAGGAGCUGAGGCAGAGAGUGGACGCUGCCAUCGCUCAGAUAGUGAACCCAGCCCGGGUCAAAGAGCAGCUGGUGGAUCAGCUCAAAACCCAGAUCAGAGACCUGGAGAUGUUCAUCAACUUCAUCCAGGAUGAGGUGGGGAACCCUCUGUUAUCAGAUGGACACAGCCAGCAGCCGCAAGCAGCAGGGGCCAAUGCCAGAACUCCAGGAGUGAAGAAGAAAGUGGACCCAGAGCAGGCCCAGAAGAUGCGUGAGACCGGCCUGCAGCUGAUCCAGAAGGCCCUCGCCGUGCUGCAGAUCUUCGCUGCCAGCCAGUUUGGCUGCGCGCCGGGCCACCUUCCUCAGAACAUGUGGCCUCAGGAGUCGACGCAGCAGGACUACGGGCCCCUGCUGCAGCGUCUGGAGGCAGCGGUGGACAAGGUGCGGGUGCUGGGCUCGUGCAGACAGCCGUCCCUCGAACACGUCGUCAACUACACCAGCAACUCGGCGCUGGGACCUCGAGACGAGCUGACGGCGGCGGUGAGGAAGGAGCUGGCGGUCGCUCUGAAAGACUUGUUGGCUCACGGCCUCUUCUCCCCCUCCCAGACCAUGAGCCUGGUGCUGGCCCCCAUCUCCUGCCUGCUGCCUUACAGACCAGCCCCACAGAACAUGCACCCGUGGGAACUCUUUGUUAAGUUCUACCACUCCAAAAACGGGAAAGCAUUUGUGGAGACACCGGCCCGCCAGCUUUCCCAGUCCUUCAGCCUGCCUGUAGGGGGCGGCCCGGUGACCGUCACCCCAAAACAGUCUCUGCUGUGGGCCGUUCACACCGUGCUGAAGGAGCACGGACGCUACAAACGAGGGCCGGACACCGAGUUCAAAGCGCUGGUGUGCAUGGCUCUGAACGAGCAGCGGCUGGUGUCGUGGCUCAACCUGCUGUGCAAGUCUGGGACUCUGAUACACCCGCACUACCAGUGCUGGAGCUACAUGGCCCAGACCGGCUUCGAAGGAGCCCUGCGAAUCCUGGGCCGCAUCAGCCACCUCAAGUUCAACCUCCCGGUGGACCUGGCUGUUCGGCAGCUGAAGAACAUUAAGGAUGCUUUCUGAGGAGGCAACACAUCCCAUAAAAAAAGAAUAUCAAGUAUUUUUAUCUGCUAAACUACUCUUUCCUGGCAUUUAGGACCAAAAGCAUGACUUUGUGCUUCAAGUAUGUAACCUUUUCAAAAGGUUUUCUUUUUAUGUAGCCGCCCAUCUUAAGUAAAGUGCAAGUAUGUGACGUCUAAAGUACAUGCAUGGAUGAUUGUGCUGUGUGUCAGCCACGCCCACGAGCAACCACAAUCUGCAUAUCCCACUGUGUUUAAGAUGCCAAAAUGUCAAAGAUGACAAUGCUGCGCGUACUGUAAACAUGCCUUAGAAUGGAGAUUGAGAUGACCUCGUGUUUAGAGAAGCCUUCCUGACCUGUGCUUGUCAUACAUUUCCGCUGUGUACAUGAUAUCGUCCUAACCUAUGCAGCAAAGAGAGAGAGAGAGAGAGAGGUUGGAUGCGUACAGUAUUCAAUACUGUAAUGUGGUCGCUGCUGAGACAAAUCCAGGAAGAAGAAGAAGAGAAAAAAAAAAGAGAAACUCAAUACUGUGACUUCUACACAGUAACAAGCGCUUGUAUUGGUCCACUGUUCACAUUGAGAAAGUACCGGGACUAAAUCAUGUGUAGCAGAUUGCUUGAUCAUGUCAGUUUAAAAUGAAAUGCCGUACACCUCUUACAGUUUCCAUCCUAAUGCAUUCUUCAAAUGUAACGUUUCGUGCAACAUUGUCCACAGAUACACAGCUAUCUGAAGCUGUCACUAAAGCACGUGGCGUUUCGGGUGUGUUAGACCCUGUAUGAACUGCUGCUUUUCUCCUAUUUCAGGUGACAUUUAAAUGACAAUGUAAUGGAUUACAUCCCGUAUGUAACAUGACUGUAGGCUGUAAAAGGGUUAAGUUUUGUUUUCUGUUUUUCAGCAAAAGUAGUUUUUAUCGUCCUUAAACAGCGGAGUUGCACGAAUCAUAUCCUUAAAUACUGAAUGUACAAACCAUAGAUGCUAUUAAACUGA